AGUAGACUGAGUCCCAGAGAAGGAUGUCCUUCUUCGUCGGGAUCGUCCUAGGGAUUGCGUUUGGGCUUGGGCUGGUGAUCGCUUUUGCUCGAUCGGAGACCUCGCGGUCCAAGCGCCGCCGCGAGUUGGUUGGUGAUUGUUGUUAUGCUUUUCCCCUCUUCUAAUGCUACCUGAUCGUGUAAUGUUUCUUUGAUCAUCGUUUAGGAUCAACCGUAAUUACAGAUGCUCCAUCUGUGACCAAUUUCAUUGGUUGGUGAAGGAUGUUCAUCGUGUCGUAUUCAAUUAUCGUAACAUGGUGCCUUGACUAGGUGAUCAAGGAACCAAGCGAGCUCUGUAAAUACAAGUGUCUCCGUUGAGUUACAGUUAUAGCUUGUCAAGUUGUACAUAGUAAGGGAUUUUGAUGCCGUAAUGGUAACAUGCACUUGGGAUUCUGAUGAUGUUAGUGACAGGAUCAUCGUUGCACUGCAUUGGGGAUUGUGGUGGCCAUGCAUGAGGCUUCCGCCAACACAAGGCUGCUUCAGUAGCGAGCUUUAGCAAGAUGUCAUUUCAAGAUUCAAGGAAGAUUUUUCCAGCUGCAUUUUAUCCAUCAUGGGUAAUUUUCUCACAUCGUCAGAAGUUAAAAUGGCUUAACCAUGAGCUGAUUAAAAUCUGGCCUUAUGUCAAUGAGGCUGCAUCUGAGAUUAUUCGGACUUCUAUUGAGCCAGUUCUUGAACAAUAUAAAUCAGCCAUCUUAUCAUCAUUCAAGUUUUCAAAACUAAAUCUUGGAACUGUUGCUCCCCAGUUUACAGGAGUUACAAUAAUCGAAGAUGAUGGGUGUGGGAUUACCAUGGAGUUGGACUUGAAUUGGGAUGGUAAUCCAAACAUUGUUCUUGAUAUUCGAACAAAACUUGGUGUUGUGCUUCCUGUACAGGUAAAAGAUAUUAGCUUCACAGGGGUUUUCCGUGUAAUAUUUAAACCGCUCACCGAACACUUUCCCUGCUUUGGAGCUGUUUCUUAUUCUUUGAGAGAUAAGAAAAAACUGGAUUUCACGCUAAAGGUUAUUGGUGGAGAAAUAUCAACAAUUCCUGGAAUUUCUGAUGCUAUUGAGGAAACAAUUCAUGAUGCAAUUGAAGACUCUAUAUCAUGGCCAGUGCGUAAAGUUGUUCCAAUAAUACCUGGGGAUUACAGUGACCUAGAACUGAGACCAGUUGGAAUAUUGGAAGUAAAGCUUGUGCAAGCUAGAAAUUUGACAAACAAAGACAUAAUUGGAAAAUCUGAUCCAUUUGCUGUUCUGUAUAUACGUCCAAUACGUGCUAGAAUGAAGAUAAGCAAAGUAAUAAGCAAUGAUUUGAAUCCUAUCUGGAAUGAGCACUUCGAAUUUGUGGUUGAAGAUGUACCCACACAAAAUUUGGUAGUAAAGAUUUAUGAUGAUGACGGGGUCAGGCCACCUGAACUAAUUGGUUGUGCUCGAGUCAGAUUGAAGGACCUUCAACCUGGUAAAGUAGAAGAUAUUUGGUUGAAGCUUGUCAAAGAUUUGGAAGUGCAAAGAGACAAAAAAGACCGGGGUCAGGUUCACCUUGAGCUUCUAUACUGCCCAUAUGACAUGGAGGAUGAGAUUGUCAAUCCUUUUGCUCAUCAGCUCUCUAUGACUUCUUUGGAGAAGGCUCUCAAAUCUGGGAAGAGUAGAACUAAGGCCAGUCAAAUUCACAGGACACCAACAAACAGGAAGCGAGAUGUUAUUUUGAGAGGAGUACUUUCUGUUACUGUCAUUUCUGCAAAUAACUUGCCUGCCAUGGAUAUGAGUGGAAAGUCGGACCCAUAUGUUGUGCUUAGUAUGAAAAAAAUGAGCACAAUCAACAACAAAACAAGAGUUGUGAAUGAAAGUUUGAAUCCAAUAUGGGACCAGACAUUUGACUUUGUCGUGGAAGAUGGGCUGCAUGACAUGCUAAUCUUGGAAGUUUGGGAUCAUGACACAUUUGGCAAGGAUUAUAUUGGCAGAUGUAUUCUGACAUUGACAAAGGUAAUAGUGGAAAAAGAAUAUAGCGAUAGUUUCCCUUUGGAGGGGGCAAAAUCUGGAAGACUCAAUUUGCAUUUCAAGUGGACGCCACUGCCAAUCUACCGAGCUUAGAUGGAAAAGGCAUUGCUACAAUCUCCUGCUGAAGGUCUAAAGCAUUAUUUUCUACAACCAAUCGUCAGGUAAAAUCCACUGUAAAUCUCAUUUUGUUCUGUUAUCUUAUUCUUUUGAUGUCGUCUUUGCUAUAAACAGUUUGUGUGUGACCAUGCUAGAGCAUCGAAUGAUAGAUAUCUAUCAUUGUUCAUUCAAUAAUUCAUAUGCAUCAUAGACUUCAACUCAGCAGUUUUGGUUA